AUGCUUCCUAAUUGGACAUCCUAUGUUCCAAUGAAGAAAUUUCGCAAAUCGCAAACUGAAUUGAAGUCAGCGUUUGUCUACAAUGCUCAGCACUUGUUCAAUAUAGCAAUUGCUCCUUCCACCUCUCAUCCAUCCCGCUUGCGUCUAUUCCCACGACCAGAAACGGCUCGGUGGUUAGGAUUCUCGAAUCUUACAACAUCCAGUGAUGCUCUCUGUCCAGCUUCAGCCCGUGGUCUGCCACCUCGACUUCGUUACGUUGGAAUGUUUCUUCUCGUGGAGGCUGUGAUUCGUAGUUAUGUCGAGAACCCUCACACUCCACCACCUCCACAAAGGCAGCACGAUCAUCUUCAUCAUCAACAACAACAACAACCAUUUCAGUCCCAACAAAUUGGUUAUGGAGCACCAAGUGCUGGCGAGGGGGAUUCCACACCAACCCCUACUCAAGGGGUUUCAGUGACGAGCACUUCUGACGAGUAUGGGUUGAGGGAGACUAUGGUGGAUGUGCUGACACAUCUCACUCAGUCGUGGUGGAUUCCUUCAGCAGCUUUUAUUUCUGCUUUACUUUCACUAAUAGUCACUCGCCCACUGGUAGAACUUCGUCAUUACUUCGAUCUGAUCAAACACCUCCUCCGUGUGAAAGACGAGUUGCAGUCAAUGCGAGUUUUAGCAGUGCUAUGUGGUCUUCAAGGUCCCGCAUGGCGACUUCGACCGAAUUUUCAAUCGGGGCGAAUGGAGAAUGAGACAAUAUUUGGAGACAUCCCAAUGGAUUCGAGUGAAGAACCUGUAGAUGACUCAUCCAGAUAUUAUCCUCCCCCAGAUUUUGACCACCCUGGAUUACUCUUUCUUCUCACCAAUGAAAACGGACCAGAAGGCAGAAGCACUUUGGAUUCGCGUAGAGCCUACCAAUGCAUGAAGUUCCUUGUUGAGCUGGCAUCGGAGAACACUGCUGUGGUGGAGGGUCUCUCGAGAUUCCCACAUCUCUGGGGCCCUGCAGUCGAGUGGCUGGAGUCCCUACUGGCGGAAUCUGACAAGACCAGCAGUCCCGUCUCUUCUCCUUUUGGUCGAUCCACUCCCUUGACUCGUCACUUGGAUCUCAUCGACUCAACUCCUCCUCCUCCUCCUACUGUGAAUGGAAGACUGAGAUCUGGCACAUACAGUGGACCCCCUUCCAAAAGCCGUAUGCUUUCAUGA